ACAUAUACAUGCACACACACACACGCAACGCUGAGAUAAGGUUAGAGUUGGAAAAAAAAAGGUCUUAGAAUCUCUCUGGACAGUUAGUUGAGAGAUCACUAGGGUCAGGGAGGUAAUAGGCAGAUGUCAGUCGUGAAUUUUUGUGACAAUUUUGGCUGUGACAGUCUCUUAUGACGCACUGUGACACUUGGACUGUAAAUAAAAUUUGAGAGUCACUCGUUCGAGUUACUUUAUAGAAAUACAGAAUGCCUUUUGAAGAAGAUAAUAACCCCGGUGCUAUCAACAGUCCACCAAGUUCUCCAAACAAUGACCUCCCGCCAUUAUCACCAGCCAUGAAGAAAAGUGCUUCCAUGUAUUUGAAUGUCAGGAUGCCACAGAAGAGGCUGAGGCCAAAUGUAGAAGGCACGACAGAUGUGGGAGAGGGAAGCAUGUCAGGGGACAGCCUUUACGACCCUACCGAGAAGGUGCAGGACCUGAUCAAUAAAGUGAAAGACCCAAAGUACAAGACCAGGCAGCUCUUCGUUGAGAUGGACGUGCUGACCCAGAGAGGGGAAGAUAUGGAGUGGAGAGAGUUCGCCAGGUGGGUCAAGUAUGAAGAGAAGGUGGAAGAAGGUGGCAAACGAUGGUCCAAGCCUCACGUGGCGUCUCUCAAUAUGCACUACCUGAUGGAGCUCCGAGGUCAGAUUUUGGACGGUGUGUUUCUCAAGGACAUGGAGUGCUACUCAAUAUCCCAGGUCGUAGAUCACCUCUUGGACGCAUGGAUCGCCAACAACAGCCUGGACCCCUUGCUGAGAAGGCACAUCCGAGCACUUUGCCUCAAGAGCCACAGGCACAGGCACGAGCGGGGUCGCCCAGAGGACAAGAAGAAGAACAUGAAACGCAACAACACCUCGGGGGACCUGGUGAAGAACCAGCUGGAUGUCCCAGGGGGUAUGAGCACAGCACCCAGCGCCAUUAGCUUGAGUAGUGAGGCGGGAAUAGCAACAGACAACAGUGAGCUCAGCCUGAACACAAUGGAAGAGGAUUCUAAUAAGAAGACCAAUGAAAGGUUCCUACGUAAAAUUCCAAAAGGCAGCGAGGUGGCCAACAUUAUGGUGGGUGAGGUGGAGGACCUGAAGACAACUCUUUGUGGACUUGUUCGUUUAAACGAUGGCAGGAUCAUAGGAGACAUCUCUGAGGUCAGCCUACCUACAAGAUUUGUGUUUUUCCUUCUUGGACCUAAAGGCAGUUUACUAGAAAAUGAAGAAAGUGCUAGAUGUCUUUCUACAAUGCUUGUUGAUGAGGUAUUUCGUGAGGUAGCAUACAAGGCCAGGGAACUUGAUGACAUAAUUGCUGGAAUUGAUGAGUUCCUGGAGCAGGUGACAGUCCUUCCACCUGGUGAGUGGGACCCCAAGAUCAGGAUAGAACCACCAGACAAAGUGCCAGACCAGAAUUUCCGUAAGAUUCCCUCCAAAGCACACCUGCUUGGUGAAGAUGAGCAUGCGGAAGGCCAUUGUGACCCAGAUUUGGUUAUGACAGGACGUCCAUUUGGUGGUUUAAUUAACGAUAUCAAGAGAAAAUUACCCUGGUAUCUCAGUGAUUUUACAGACGCCAUUCACAUUCAAAGUUUGGCUUCCUUUGUCUACAUUUUCCUGGCUACAUUGACCCCGAACGUAACUUUUGGUGGCAUGUUAGGUCAAGAGACUGACCAAUAUAUGGGAGUUAUGGAGUGUAUCCUGGCUGCUGCAGUCAGUGGAGUUGUUUUUGCAUUGUUUAGUGGACAGCCUCUCAAUAUUCUAGGUAGCACUGGGCCCAUGCUUGUUCUGGAAAAGAUCAUUUAUCAAUUCUGCAAAGACAACCAAUGGGAUUUUCUGCCCUUCCGGUUCUGGAUAGGCAUUUGGACUGCUGGGAUGUUGCUGCUGUGUGUGGUCUUUGACCUUAGUGCGCUGGUCAGAUAUAUCACAAGAUUCACAGAGGAGAGUUUCGCUUCACUGAUUGCACUUAUCUUUAUCUACGAGGCCUUCAAAAAGCUGGCAGAGAUUGCUGAAGUGGACACCCCUCUUCAGUUACAUCCAAAGCCAGGUCCUAUUUUGCCCCACUGCUUCUGCAAUUUUACCCCACCAACUUGGUGGAAUAGCUCCAUGCCGGCACUGCCAUUAGGUAAUGAAACUGCUAAGGCUUUUAAUGAGAGCUUUUGUCUAAUGAAGUCUUCAGAAAUUAUGAAUUCCUCCCUGGAGGGAACAUUAGCUUGGGCCUGCAAGCCACUUUUCUUCGUGCCUGAUGCCUUCUUGUUUUCUGUUAUUCUCUUUGCUUGCACAUUCUUUGUGGCCAUUUUCUUGGUGGACUUCCGAAACUGGCCUUGCUUCCCAUCGUUUGUUCGUUCCUUACUGGGAGACUUUUCAGUGCUGAUUGCUAUUCUCUCAAUGGUGGGUAUUGACGCUCUACUGGGACUGCCAACUCCAAAGCUCACUGUACCCAGCAAAUUUCAGCCUACAAAGUACUAUGCAAGAAGUUGGGUGGUCAAUCCAUUAGGUGGACCCAACCCCUGGUGGCUAGCCUUGGCUGCAGGUCUUCCAGCUAUUCUUGCCACCAUCUUGAUCUUCAUGGACCAGCAGAUCACUGCUGUCAUUGUUAAUAGAAAGGAAAACAAACUUGUGAAAGGCAAAGGUUACCAUUUGGAUCUUCUUGUUUUGGCUAUUCUAGUAGCCGUACACUCACUGCUAGGCCUGCCAUGGUAUGUCGCUGCCACUGUCUCUGCCAUAGCUCACAUUAACUCAUUGAAGAAACAGUCAGAGAGUACCGCUCCUGGUGAGAGGCCCUCAUUCUUGGGAGUCAGAGAACAGAGAGUUACUGCCCUUUUGGUUGGAAUUUUAUCUGGAGCUGCUGUUUUUAUAACAAACAUUUUAAAAGUCAUACCCAUGCCAGUAUUGUAUGGAGUCUUCUUUUACAUGGGUUACUCUGCCCUUAGAGGCAUGCAGUUCAUUGACCGUAUUCUGCUGCUUCUAAUGCCAGUCAAGUACCAGCCUGACCACAUUUACCUCCGGCAUGUCCAGCUGUGGCGUGUGCACCUCUUCACGGCUAUACAGAUUGUCUGCCUAGUGGCUUUGUGGAUAGUCAAGAGCAUCAAGGGUGUCUCCAUCAUAUUUCCUUUAUUGGUUUUAUUUACUGGUGUUGUACGGAAGAUUCUGGAAGUGAACUAUACACAGUAUGAGCUGAAGUAUUUGGACGAUUUAUUACCUAGUACAAAGAAACAUAAGAAAAAUGAUGAGACAGAACAUAUAGCACAUGAUAAGAUAUCUGCUAUUGUAGCCGAUAAUCACUACAUGAAGUUUAAUAGUAAUGGAAGCUUCAGUGAUGGGAAGGCUUCCUUCUUUAUCAAUGACGAGCAUCAAGAGAUGCCUCCAGCAUAUGACAACAAAGCAUUUGACGCAGGCAGAGACACAAAAUUAUAACAUUACAAAGUUAUAACAUAUCACAAUGAUAAUAUUUAUGCUAAUACAUACAUUCACAUACUCUGAAACUGUAAAACAGUUUAAUGAGACAAAAUUUUGUGUCCCAAGCACCUGGACCUGUCCGUAGAGCAUCUCUCUGCAAAAUAAGGGUGGCCACUUCAUUACAAAAUUAUCUUAUGCUCUUUAUAGUUUUGUCUACUGAUCUGGAAGAUAAAGGUAGUAAUGAGAAGUUAGAUGAAUAAUCAUGCAUAUGUUGUAAGGGAAAUAACCCUAAAACAUGUAAAGAAAUAGUCAAUGUUUAUGUGUAAAGAAAUAGUCAAUGUUUAUGUGUAAAAAAAAGCUGUAAAUAGCAUUGAAUGGCAAAGCCGGAAUCAUUUUUCCCCCUCAUCAGAAAGUCUUUCACUGUCACAACUGGAUCAUGGGAAGCAAUUGUUCAAUAUUUCAUUUGAUAAUUUUAAAACUAUUUGUUCCAUGUCUUGUUCCAAGUAUGCAUGAAUGGCUGGUGUAUUUUUUUUAUUUGAAACUCUCCAUCAACAGCAUUAGAAAAGAUUGAAUCCAUUGUGUAGGUAGCACUUAGAAGCUAUCUAAAUAUACAACAAUGAACAUGUUUUUAUGUAAAUCAAGACUUUAUUUUUGUACCCUCAUUGACAUAUGACUAUUAUAUAUCAUUGUAUAUCCAUGUGUAUUUUAUUCAAACUUCUAUCAUGUUCUCAUCACAAUCUAAAGAUGUGUUUAUAUUGAAAGUUAAAUAAGUAAAUUAGGCACUAUUUGAGAAUGUAAUUUUAUCAAUUCAAUAAAAUUCUAUGUAGAGAUCUGAGUUUGGUUGUGUUUGAGGCAUUUACAUGUUGUAUUUUUGUUUUUAAAGUUUAAUUAGUAGAUUUUAUAAGCACAAUAGUCUUUUUGUAUGCUUUAUUUAUUUGUCUUAUUAGUGAUGAUCAAAUGAACCACAAUUGUAGUACCAAUAGUUUAUUAGUUGUUUUGCAAAUGUCUUCAUUCUUUUUUACUCUUAGCAACUUUUUGUUUUUGCAGUUAAUUUUUGGGGAUGUUAUCUUAUUGACAAGACUGCAUUUAUUGACUAGACAUAUCUUUUUGAUUAGACAUUACUUCAUUGACAAGAUAUCAUCUCAUUAACUAGAUAUUAUUGAAUGACUGGGAGACAUGUUUUGCAAUGCUCUUGAUAAUUAUUAUUUUAAAAGACAAAAAUGAAUUAAAAUGGAAAAAAAAAAUGGAAACUGACAUUCACUUUUAUGUAUUGCUGAAAAUGUGGACCAUCUAGGCCAGAAGUAAACUGUAUUACUGACCAAUUAAUAUGCAACUAUAAUUCAUAUUUAUCAAAGCACAACUAAGCUCUGUUUAUUUCUGUUUUGUUUAAAAACUCACUAAGAUGAAUCUCUUUAUACAGAGAAAACAAUAUUUAUUUUAAUGCCAAUUAAAACUUAAAAAAAUUUGUUUAACUAUCUGUUAAAUAAAACAAAACAAAAAAAUAAGAUCCAUUGAAUGUUCAUUCGGACUUGUUACUCCAUGUAAUAAAUUGGUAUUUUCAACAACAAAGUUUUAGUUGUGUAAGAUCCUUGAUUAGUAGGCCUAAUGAAAUUGUUACUUAGGUACUACUCUUAUUUUUUUCAUUAAUCAUUUUGGCAACAAGUUGUCAUUGAUGUUAUCAAUACUAAUAGAUAUUGUUUUGUUUUGAUCUAUUCUAUAGCCAUUCUUUUCAAACCUUUUUAAAAUCUCCUUUUUUAUAAUUUUUUUCUUGAGUAUCUUGCAUUUAGACUGAGUUGAACUAAAUUACUUUCAGACCAUGUUCUGAGAGGCUAAUAUGUGGACCUACUUUACUAAGUAGUUGUCAAUGAGAGAUGAAAUCCAAAUUCAUGGACUUGCAGAUAUGUAACAAAUGUGCAGGUGUCCCUACAUAAAAUCCUACCUAACACAAGUCCUGUGUGUCAAACUCUGGUAACAAAGAAACAAAUUGAACAAAACCAUAAUGUAAAUGUGUUUUAAACAAGAAUUUUAUAAUGAGAUCACUCUUUCAUUGUUUUAUGUUAAAAUUUUUAUAAUGUAUAGAAAUUUAAGUGAAAAAUUAUUUUUUUUAUUAUUUAAUGUUGUGCUUCUAAUAACACGACUUAGAGAUGUGAGAUCAAAUAAUGACUAUUUUAUUUAAUGCAAGACUUGGUUAGACUUUGAAUGGUGAUUGUGAUAAUGUGGUUUACACUGCUAUGUAACAAUGUUACUCGGAAGUUACUGAACACAUUUUAUUGCAAAAUAAAGUUUUUAAUAACUUA